CCCCUGCUGUAGCCAGAUGAAGAUGGACUGAGGAAGGUACGCUAUAACGCCAACAAAACCAAAAAAACAAACUGAGCCAACCUCACGGAACAUUUCAUACACGACGUUUCUUUGUUUUUAAUCAGGACGAGAACAAUGAAAUCAUCAAACAGCCUCCCCUCCAGAGUGGGUAAAAACCCUUUCGUCCACGAGCUGAAAUUCACACUGACAGAGAAAAUAAAGAUAGGACUGAUGUCUGUUACAGUGUUCCCUCUGCGCCUGCUCCUGGUGUCCUUCCUCAUGCUGCUGGCAUGGCCCUUCGCCUUCACGGCCUCCCUGGGACGCUCUGAAUAUGUUGUUGAACCACAGCCAUGGUGGAGGAGAUUGCUAGACGUGUGCCUACGAGCGAUCAUGCGAGCCAUGUGGUUUUGUGGGGGAUUCCAUUGGAUCAGGGUAAAAGGGCAACAGGCUGCGCCCUCUGAAGCUCCCAUUCUCACCGUGGCACCACACUCUUCCUACUUUGAUGCCAUCCCAGUCACCAUGACCAUGUGCUCCAUAGUCACCAAACUAGAGAGCAGGAGCAUUCCUGUCUGGGGCACUCUGAUCAGCUACAUCAGGCCAGUAUUUGUGUUUCGGUCUGACCAGGACUCAAGAAGAAAAACUGUAGAGGAAAUUAAGCGAAGAGCAAAGUCUGGAGGGGAGUGGCCUCAGAUCAUGAUAUUCCCAGAGGGAACUUGCACCAACAGGUCGGGUCUCAUCUUAUUCAAAGCUGGUGCUUUCAUACCAGGACUACCAGUGCAACCGGUGGUGCUACGAUAUCCAAACAAACUGGAUACAGUUUCAUGGACAUGGCAAGGCCCUGGAGCGUUCAAGAUUCUUUGGCUCACUCUGUGCCAACUUCAUAAUCCCAUGGAGAUAGAAUACCUGCCUAUUUAUACGCCAUCAACCGAGGAGAAGGAAAACUCUGCCCUGUUUGCCAACAAUGUCAGAAAGCUCAUGGCCAAAGCCCUGGAGCUGCCACUCACGGACCUGUCCUUUGAUGAUCGGGACAUCAGCCUAUCACAUGGCCCUCUAUGCAUAUAUAAUUACAGCAUCCUGCUUGAGUUCAACCGGCGGGUGUGCCGUUUGGGACUGAGAGCAGGAGCCACAUCCAAAUCUCUGGAAGAGCAGGUCAGAAGAGCCAGAAAGCUGCAGGGAGACGGGUUGGGUUUGGAGGACUUUGCCCGGUUCCUUAACCUGCCAGUUACAGACGCACUCGCCCAAGUCCACAGCCUCUUCGACAAGCAUGGAGACGGAUUGAUAGACAUCAGACUCUACAUCAUUGCUCUGUCUACCGUCUAUCAACCAUCAAAGACAAUGGAGACCCUGAAAUUAGCCUUCAAGAUGUAUGAGAGUGAAGACAACGGGAAAGUCCUAGAAGACGAUCUCGCCUCCAUCUUGGAAAUGAUGUUAGGAGUUGAAGAGGUGGAGCUUUCUGGUGUCUUUUUAUCGCUUGAUGGAUCUGACGAAGGGAAGAUCACGUAUGAUGAACUUCAUGGUUUUAUAGAGCAGCAUCCAUACUUCAUCCAGGAUUACCUUGAUUUUAAAAACCAUCCACGCAAACUCUCCAUUGGCCGACCUAAGAGCUGCAACGGCCAGAACCACAACAAAGACGUUUGAAGAAUGCACUUAGACGAUCUAGUGACCUUCUCAGCCUAACAGCUUCUCCAAUGGAGGGUGCCCACCGCCUCUGUGCCUUCAAAUGCAGGAAGAGAAAAGGGACCAGACAUAGAGUAUAAACAUUAAGGAUAAGGAUGGAUGAGUGUGCACAGAUGAUGACAUAUAAAUCACUUAACACUAAAAAGUGUUUUUUUUCCAGAUUUUUUUUUUUACCUUCCUUUGUUUUGUUCCUGAACUUAUUAUGGUUUAAAUAAAUUGUCUUUUGUGCUCUGCAAAUACAUUUAUUUUAGUUUUAUUUUCCACCUAUUAAUGCAAGGUUUUUAAGAGUUAUCUAUUUAAAGAAGUGUGUCAAUCAGCUCUUGUUUUGAAGCCAAGCAUUGUUGUUUGUCCCACAGUGCUCUUUAUUAAAGUAGUAAACAUAGAAACAUUAAAACUGAUAAUGAUGGCAGGUUUUCAAACCAAACUAGGAAACAAAUGCUGGGUAAAACCCUGAUCAGCCAAUGCAUCUAAAGAGAUCAUUUAUUUAUUCAUGCAGCUGACUCACUGCCAAAUAAAUAUCCAAAUCAAGAACAUUUGGACCAGUUGGUGACUAAUUCAAUUUUUAAUGUUGACUAAAGACCUUUUCUUUUUUAAUCUGCUCAAUUUUAAUGUCUAUAUUGGUUUGCAAAAGUUUUCUCAAUAUUUAAAGGAAAGUAAUUUUUUUAGGAAUAGAAAAUGAGUUAGAGGAUUAUUAUGCUUUUUAGAAAAUCCUUUCUUUCAAGCUCAUAGCGUUAGAUAUUUCGCUUACCAAAUACUCAGGUUUAAAGGGUUUUGAUCUCAGCUGGCCUUUGCUGGACUGACAUGUUUUGUACCUCAUGGCUGUGAUGUUCCUGUAAAAUUCAUUUUUCAAUGUAAUACAGAAUUAAAAGGUCCUUUUUUAAAAA